UGAUGUAGACCGCUUCGCCAGGAAAGUAAACACUCCAUUCCGUCAAGAUGGCCCCGCUCUCCGUGUUCCGAGUGGCACUUCUCGUGUCAUUUUCAGUAUUCCUGACAGUCGUGUUGGGUUUUGGACUACCUGCUCUACUAAACGCGGUUAUGAGGAUGUUGGGAUUACCGGAGACGAGCGUUACCGAGUGCAUAGUUGUGCUGUAUCUAGGUUUUGUGUUGUAUGUUGCGACGCCCCGAAUUCCUAGAGGUUUGGUGGAGGUGAAGGGGAAAGCUGUGUUCAUCACAGGCUGUGACAGCGGAUUUGGCAAUGCACUCGCCAAACAUCUGCACAGGCUGGGCUUCACUGUCUUUGCUGGAUGUCUUCUGAAGGAUAAAAGUGGAGAGGGUGCAAAGGAGCUGGAGGAAUUUCAUUCAGAUCGCAUGAGGGUAGUCCAGCUGGAUGUCUGCAGUGAGGAGCAGGUGAACCAGGCCGUGGAAUAUAUCAAAGACAACCUGGAGGACUCUGAAAGAGGUCUGUGGGCAGUGGUGAACAAUGCUGGUGUGUCGACGUUUGGAGAAGUAGAGUUUACGUCCAUGGACACCUACAAGCAGGUGUCAGAGGUCAACCUGUGGGGGACCAUCAGGGUCACCAAAGCUGUUCUGCCACUAAUCCGCAGGGCCAGAGGCCGAGUUGUGAACCUGGCCAGCAUGUAUGGGAGGAUGGGAAAUGUCAUGCGGUCCCCUUACUGUGUAUCUAAAUAUGGCGUGGAAGCUUUUUCUGACUGCCUGCGCUAUGAGAUGAAAACCUGGGGAGUCAAAGUGUCUAUAAUCGAACCGGGGAACUUCAUCGUGGCCACCGGCAUCCUGACCCGUGACAUCGUGGCCACCACGGCCAACAAGCUGUGGAACGAGGCGUCCCCGAACGUGAAGGAGGAUUACGGGAAAGCCCACUUCGAGCACCACAUGGCUCUGAUGCGCUCUUACUGCAACAGCGGACAAAAGGAGGUGGCCCCUGUUUUGGAUGACAUCACAGACGCCAUCAUGUCCAAGCAUCCUUACACGCGAUACAACCCUAUGGAGCCACACUGGUGGAUCAGAGAGCAGGUGAUGACCCACCUGCCCGGUGCCAUAAGCGACUUGCUCUAUUUUUAAAGAGAAGUUGUUCCAGUGUUAGCUCUCUCCGUUUCAUACUCAGAUCACUGAUAGCAGCAUAUACUUUCAACUCUAUAGCGCUACGCAGAUCUACAGACUCACCCUGAAGAGGGGUCUCUGCUAUGUAUUCCUCAGCACUUGAAAUCAUUCACUGAUCAAGCCUUAAAACUUAACGGUUUUUUAAAACUGUAAGUAAAUUAUUGCACUUUGCUUUUUGUACAUCUUAAGAAAACCACAACUUUAUCUAUACAGAUAUAUUCCGUGAUAAGUAGUAACUACUUUGUGUUGGAUAUCAGCAGGGCUGUGAAAUACUUGUAUCUAUAAACACUGCAUCUUUAUUGCUUGCUGUGGUAUUAUCUUACAAAAAAAAUGUGCGUUUUUUUUCCAUAUAGCUUUUGUUUUUUUUCCUGUUACUUGUAAUUUUUUUUGCCUCAUGGGAAUCAUGUGGGGCCCCACUGGCAUGAGGACCAAAGCUGGUAGAGCUCAAGAGAAGGCUCCUGCUGUUCUGUUGUGACUGUGGCCGGAACAAACCAAGGUCAGCUACUGUAAGGCUGUGGUGAGAUUUGGCUCGACUUACCCCAAAGUUACGCAACGACAACACAAGCCCACUUUGUCUCGCAUGGUCUGUUAGAUCCUGCGUGCUACUUCGACAGUGGGGUUGAUUGAUGUGAUUAAUGGGUACACUUGAACAAAAAGGUUUACCCCACCCUCCCCUGGUGAAUAAGUAUUUUGUAUAUAGAAUGAAUAGAGCAUUUUAUUUUGACAAUAUUGUAAUCACAGUAUCAUUUUUCAAAAAUGAUUUCAAAUAAAGUGACCAAAAUGUGA